AUGGAGAUUCACCAACACAUUCUCUUUCUGAGCCCCGACUCUCCUUCUCUCCGAUCACUGGCAUUGUCGUUCUCCGCCUUUUUGAAGGCCUUCACCGUCGCUGAGAAAGCCACCACCGCCACAGCCGUGCUGUCACGCCACAUCCACCCCCCAAGUCCAGCCCUCUACAGACUCUCCUCGUUGGACGACGACAGGUUUUGGGAUUCGUGGUUCUCUAAACUCCCCAAGUUUGAGCUUGAGCAGCUCAGUUGCCUCAAUCAUCUCUUCACACACUCGGUUGCACCUGCAUUCAACGACCUCGUACAGCACGACGCCUCUUGGGGUUACUUCGGAGUGAACCUCAUCACCGACGAGAGCUCCCUGCUAGCCCAGCGUGUUCUCAGCCGGGGCUUGGAGACGCUUCAUGCCCUUGCCCAGACUGAAACAUAUUGCGAGCGUCAUCGCAUCCUUCAUCGCGGCGACAACCGCGAAGAUGAGCCCGUCGGCGCGUCAGGCUUUCUCUACGAGCAGCUAGAGUGGACUGGGGCUACUCUGAUCACCAAUUUGCCCAUAUCAAAACUGUCACCAGACAAAAAGGCACAAGAGAUAAGCACCUUAGAGUUUCAAAGCUAUCAGCGGUGGGGGUACGUGUUCUGGGAUGAGGCGAGACUGGAGAAGCUGGGUGCGUUGACACAAGACGGCCUAGCCAAGUUGACGGCACCUACGGAUCCGCUGGAGGCUUAUCGAGAGCUGGAAAAUAAUCAACUACAGGCGUUGAGAACACGCCGAAGCGAGAUCUGGAAGCAAGGAGGAUCUGGUUGGUGGAGUCAGGAUGACGAGUCCAAGGUCGUCUGGCCAGAGAAGAGGAACAGUGCUCGGAAGAAACGGCCUCUGAUGACAGCGCGGUCUGUUUAA